AUGCACCCCACCGGCGCGGCCAGCCUGCCCGCCGCACCAGAGGCGGAGGUGCAAGCUAUGCACUCGAUGGACUGGCUCUUUAAGAAGGAAAGAAUAUAUCUUCUAGCACAGUUCUGGCAACAGGUGGAAUGUCGAAUUCCCAUAGCCUUGGGUGCAAGAAUGUGUCCCGUUUUGGCAAAAAAUACACUUUCCCAUGGCAACGACCCGCGCUUCGCCAUAGACUAA